UGUAGAUAUGUAUACUGUAAAUGUUCAAAAAAAUAUAUAAGCAAAAACAGCAAUAUUGAAAAUGUUUUCUUUUUCUUUUCAUUAUUAGAUUAUUUCCCUUUGUUCAUUUGACAGGUACCUGUGUAUGACCAACAAUUGACACCAAUAUGGUUGAAAUGUUAAAGUUUGAUGGUGAAUUUAAAAUUACCGAUGAGAUUCAGAAACGUUUCGAUGAAGACGGCUUUAUAGUUGUCAAAGACUUGUUGGACGAAGAGGAAAUAACUCAAAUAUGGAAGGUUUUGAAUGACCCGAAAGGAAUCUUAAAGCAUGCUUAUGAGACUCUGGAGCCUGAUGGCCAUAAAAUACAGCGCAUUCUGUAUUGUCAUCCCGGAAAUGACGUCACAGGUAUAGUGUCACGAUCAGAGAAAAUUGUCAAUGCGUGUGAAAAGUUGUUGGGCGGGGAGGUGUACCACUACCAUGGAAAGUUCAUACUGAAGAACGCUCACGAAGGAGGGAGACACGUGUGGCAUCAAGACUACGGGAUCGGCGUGAAGUUGGCAGUACAGCAGUAGCAGCAGUAGG